AUGAGAAACAGGUAUCUAAGUUUGCUUCCAGGAUUCUUGGUGCUGCUGCUGUUUCCAAUGGGACCUACAGCCCAGAACAGUAAAGCCUGCGCUCUGUGGUGCCCUCCGAGCUCCUCAUGUGUCAAUGGCACCGCCUGCCGCUGUGCUCCAGGAUUCAUUUCUACCUCUGGGGAAAUAUUCACGGACCCCUUGGAGAGCUGUGAUGACAUUGAUGAGUGUGGACCACCCUCACCAGUGGACUGCAGAGGCUCUGCAGACUGCCAGAACACGGAAGGGGACUACUACUGCACAUGCAGCCCAGGCUAUGAGCCUGUUUCUGGGGCAGCGGUCUUUCGGAAUGAGAGUGAGAACACAUGUCGAGACAUGGACAAAUGUCAGCACAGACGAGUCUGUAAAGGCCACAGCAUCUGCAUCAACACCAAGGGAAGCUACACCUGCCAGUGCCCACCCGGCUUGGAAUUCAACCCAGAGGACCCGAGGCAUUGCACAGAUGUGAAUGAAUGUACCUCUGGGAGAAAGCCAUGCCACAGCUCCACCCACUGCCUCAACUCCGUGGGCAGCUUUGAGUGCCGCUGCCGCCCCGGCUGGAAGCCUAUCCCUUGGUCCCCCAAUGGCCCAAACAACACAGUCUGUGAAGAUAAGGACGAGUGCAGCUCCGGGCAGCAUCGGUGUCACAACUCCACCGUCUGCGUCAACACUGUGGGUUCAUACACGUGCCACUGCCGCCAAGGCUGGGUGCCUAGACCUGGAUUCCAGGAUAAGCAAAAUAUCACCAUCUGCGAAGAGAUCUCCUUCCCCACCUGGACUGCUCCCUCUGGAAUCAAGAGCCAGGUGCUCUCUCACUUCUUUAACAGAAUCCAGGAUCUGCGCAGAAACUUCAGUUCGGCCUCUGUCCUGAACACUGUUCGGGACCUCGUACAGGAGGUGGGUGAUCUGCUGGAGACCCCCAGGGACCUGAAAACCCUGCCCUUCUCAGAGCAGCACUUUGUGGUCACUAACCUGCUCUUUGGCCUGGAAAAUGUCCUGAGAGGGGUGAGCAAGGCACUACCAAAAGGGUCAUUUAACUUCGGUUCAUCUGCAGGCAUAGAACUGUCACUGGAGGUACAGGCGCCAAGCUACAGAAAUAUCACCUUGAUUCAGAAUCAGACAAGGAUGAUGCUGACCUGGGAUACAGUGCAUGAUUCUGGUGACUCAGGUCUUGCUGUGGUGGGCCUCCUGUCCACUCCAGGGAUGGACAGAUUCCUGGCUGAGGCCCCUCUGGUCCUGGAUGUUGAGGAACCGACAACUCUACGUGAGACACACAGGGGUUUGCUGCAGGAAACCUCCCACAUCCUACUGUCAGAUGUCAUAUCUGCCUUUAUCACCAACAAGGACACUGAGAACCUCAGGUCCCCAGUCACCUUUGUCUUCCAACAUUCAGUGACCCCUGGGCCAAGAGAGAAGGUGCACUGUGUUUAUUGGGAGCAUGGCCAGAAUGGAAGUGGUCACUGGGACACCAGAGGCUGCUGGGUGACCAACACCAGAGACAACAGCACCACCUGCCAGUGCACCCACCUCAGCAUCUUUGCUGUCCUCAUGGCCCACUACAGUGUUCAGGAAAAGGAUCCCGCACUGACUGUGAUCACCUACGUGGGGCUGAGCCUCUCUCUGCUGUGCCUCCUCCUGGCGGCCCUCACCUUCCUGCUGUGCAAAGCCAUCCAGAACACCAGCACCUCGCUCCACCUGCAGCUCUCGCUCUGCCUCUUCCUGGCCCACCUGCUCUUCCUCACAGCCAUCGAUAGAACUGAGAACAAGGUGCUGUGUGCCGUCAUCGCAGGUGCCUUACACUAUCUCUACCUGGCCUCCUUCACCUGGAUGCUGCUGGUGGGCCUGCACCUCUUCCUGUCUGCCCGCAACCUGACGGUGGUCAACUACUCCGGUAUCAACAGGUUCAUGAAGAAGGCCAUGUUCCCUGUUGGCUAUGGAGUCCCUGCUGUGAUUGUGGCCAUUUCUGCAGCAUCCAGGCCUCAUCUUUAUGGGACACCCACCAGCUGCUGGCUCCACUCAGAAAAGGGAUUUAAAUGGGGUUUCCUUGAACCAGUCUGUGCCAUCUUCUCUGUCAAUUUAGCUUUCUUUCUGAUGACCCUUUGGAUUUUGAAAAGCAAACUCUGUUCCCUCAACAGUGAGGUGUCCACCCUCCAGAACACGAGGAUGCUGACAUUUAAAGCCACAGCUCAGCUCUUCAUCUUGGGAUGCACGUGGUUUCUGGGACUCCUGCAGGUGGGACCGGCUGCCCACGUCAUGGCCUACAUCUUCACCAUCAUCAACAGCCUGCAGGGUGUCUUCAUCUUCCUGGUGUACUGCCUCCUCAGCCAGCAGGUCCGUGAGCAAUACAGGGAGUGGUUGGAAAGAAUCAGGAAAUCCAAAGCCAAGUCUGAGAAGUACACGCUGUCCAGCAGGACCAUGUCUGAUGAUUGCAAACACAGUGAGGUAAGAUCAGCACUGCCCCCAGAGCACUUCACUAACCAAUUCAUUGAUCAGCACAUGCCUAGCACACUGGACAACUGCGUAUGA